AUGGCCAAUGUAAAAGAUUUCUUAGCAGUAAAACCAGAUCAUAAAGUAAUAUCUCGGCUUGAUUUUUAUGUUAAUUCAAGCCAGUCACGACUAGAAGACAACAAAUUAAAGAAAAAAAGGAUUUAUUGUCAUUUGCAGUACAAGUACUCUUCUAAUCAAGACUUUUAUUUCCUCUUUAAUAAAAAUGAAGAGGUGAUCUUGGUUGCAAAUCGGAAAGGGCGGCUUUUGGUGCUUAAAGAUAUGAGCUUUAAUUAUUAUCAAUGCAGUAAUAUCUUUGGUAUAAUUGAUUCUAUUGAGCCUCUUCAUAUUCAAUUCUCACGCCCAUUUUUAGCCAAGAAACCAGGAUCGUCUUUGAGGUUCUAA